AUGGGAAAGAAGAGAAAGAACAAGGAAAAUUGGCAAAAUGGUGAGCAAAAUCAAAGUGGAGGAGGGCAGAAGGUGGAAGAGAAAGUUAAAGUUGUUGUGCUAAAAGUUUACAUGCAUUGUGAAGGAUGUAGAAGAAAGGUGUUCAAUUGCCUAAGGGGAUUUGAUGGUAUUGAAGAUAUUGUGGUUGAUAAUGCAAAUCAGAAAGUGAUUGUGAAAGGAAAAAGUAUUGAUCCAAUGAAGAUUGUGGGAAGACUUCAAAAGAAGUAUAGUAGGAAUGUAGAGUUGAUUUCUCCCAAACCUAAACCAAAUGAUGAAUACAAAGAAGAGGAGGUCCAAGAGAAACAACAGCCAAAGGUGAAAACUAUUGUGCUCAAAAUGAACAUGCAUUGUGAAGGAUGUGCACAUGAUAUCAAGAGAAAUAUUGGGAGGAUGGAAGGAAUUAUGUUUGUGGAACCAGAUAUGGAAAAUUCAUUAGUGGUAAUAAGGGGAUUGUUUGAUCCACCAAAAUUGAUAGAGAAAAUUACUAAAAGAUUGGGAAAGCAUGUAGAGAUUGUGGAGGAAGAAUCAUUUGAAGAGAAAAAGAAAGAAAAGAAAUACAAAGAAGAAAUUAUGGUGUACCCUCCCCAUUACAAUUUCCACUAUGUUGAUCCUUCAUUGUUUUUUAGUGAUGAAAAUGUUUUUUCAUGCUCAAUUAUGUGA